AUGAAGAAGGCAGCUAGAAUCCUGUCCCUGGAGGCCCCAGAAAACAUGCUAGAUAGAUGUUUCAGAUCCCACAAUGCAUUUCGGAACCCUCCUCAUCCGCACUCACAGCCAGUAGAUUCCGUCUCUUUGUACUCAUUUACUAGGGAGGUUGCAGUCAGUCCUAACAAGCAAGGGAGUGGGGCUUCCGUUUACCUCUAUCCCAAACUUUUCCUCAAUGGAUUAACAGAAAGGCCAGUGAUGGUGAAACUCAAGUGGGGAAUGGAGUUUAAGGAUUACCUGGCAUCUGAAGACGGGUAUAUGAACAUGCAGCUUGCAAACACAGAAUACGUAGAUGAGGUGUUGUCUGGACAUCUGUGUGAAGUUUCACUAAGAUGUAAUAACGUUCUUUGUAUCAGAGGUGUUGAAUAAGAGGAAGAUGGGUAAAUGAGAGAAUAG